ACCAGAAAUAAAAGAAACGAAGUCGGUUCUAGAUUCACGACACUUUUCACACAUCCAGCAAAGCCCACGAUUACGGGCCAUCUCUUUGACACAAGCUGCAGCAAUUUUAAUGCAUUCUGGAUGAAACGCAGCCUUGCAUUUCGAAUAAGUCAAAUUUCCACAGCAGAGAACCGGAUCCUUGGUAAUGGUAGAAGAGCAGAUGGCACAAUCCAUUGCGAUGAGAGAGAGCGUGUUCUACGCAAUGCGUGAGGUGUAGUAGUGAGAGCGGUCUCGGGACAACGACACCAUCAAGAGAUGGCGAACAGCAACCGAACGCACGAACGCACAGCAAAUUAGCAGCUUUUACAGAAUUAAAUUCACUUGAAUGCAGGAACAGCAAGCUCACUAACAGCAGCAACAAUCCGUUUCAACGGUGACUCUUCAAUUCACGAUCCACGCACGCAAAAACAACCAGUCCAAAGUGCAAAGCAAGAGCGGCACAAGAACACGUCUAAACUCCUCGAUGAGUGGAGAAUCUCUUGCCUUUCAUUGGAGCUAUUGCAAUGAGUUUGAUAUAAUAACACUUUUCAACGCGUUUGUAUUUAGGAAAUGAAUAAUAAUGUCCAUUUUUAACAAAGUGAAUAGGAGAAUAUAUCCCAUUAAUCCUAUUAAGAUGAAGAAAAAGUAUAGUAUGUCUAAUUUAAUCGCAUCUGACGAAACAUAGACACGGGCCUAAGUUGAUAAAGUUAAAAUUCUUGUUCUAGUCGCUAGGGAUUUGUAAUAUCUUCAUAUGAAGUUUAAUGCAUAAAUUGUUUGGGGAAAUGGUUUUAUGAUUUGUCGGUCAGAUUAUGAAAAAAUCUGAGGAAAAUCUUUUUGGUAGGUAAAAUGAAAUAUCGGCAGUUUUAGGGUCUGUGAAUCAUAAGGCGAAAGGCCAUGAGAGUAACAAAAUGCUGACAAAUUUUUCAAAACGAGAGCUUUUGUCACUUUUGUGAGCUUUUGUCAAAAUUUUAUAACCUGGAGCAGCCAGGAAAUAAAGUUGACAAAAAUUGACAAAAGUUGACAAAAGUUACAAAAUUUGACGUUCGCGAAAAAGCGUAAACAAACACCUAUUUAGAGCAGUUGUGACCCAUUGCUAUGAUAAUAAUGCUAAAAUGCAUGAUUAUAAUUGAUUUAUGUACCUAUUUCGUGCUUCUUAAACAAAAUAUCGAUCAUAUUCAGAUGUUGGAGCUUUUUGUCGUUCUUGUGUAUGUUUUAGGUGCGGCCACGAGAACAGCUCAUUUUUGCAGUUGACAAGCAAUGUUGACAAAGUUGAUAAAUUUUUCAACAUUUUGUCACGUCCGUGGCCACGCGCUAAUAGGCAUUUCAAAAAUCGGAUGUAAUACAGAUUAAUCGAUAUUUCUGGUCACUCUGCGUCACAUCUCGAGCGGCGCUAGUUUCUCAUUUGACCAGCAGAUGGCGCAAAUGUGAAACAUUUCACUUCAGAAUUCGUAAAAUUUCAGCUAAUCCCGGUGCAAGAUUUCAACUUUGAUUGCAAAAAUACCAUGGCAACCGUUGCACCGGCGAACGUUGAUGAAUUGUUUUACCCUUUUCCAUGGUAACACUUGUUUAGCUCGGUUGUUCGACCCGAAACUGCAUUCGUAGUCUGUUUGCAUACAUAUCGUUGUGUUUUCGCAGCAAAUAAUGCUGCUCAUCUUGCAUGAGUUGCAAGGAAUUUGUUAGCUGCACGCCGGAGACCAACUGCAUUCAAACUGGCCGGGAAGGGUGUGGCCCAGCUGAAGUCCUCCUCGUCGAACGAGGCGAAGAGUGACACCUACUCGAAGCACAACUUCGAACCGGACGACGAGGAGGUGUCGAUGAUAUUCGGGUUCGAGGAAAACGAUGCCCGCCAGAAGCUGCAUAGCUUUCCGAAAUGUUCGCGCUUGGUAAUCAGCCCCGAUCUGCAGGCCGAGCUGGGGAUGGAGAUCGGUACCGCCGUCAGCGUGGAGCACCCGUGGAAGGAGAUCAAGAAGGAGAUGCUGGAGGACCAGCUGCCGGGGAAGACGAAGGUGCAGCGUCAGCUGAAGGACAAGCUGAAGGACAUGGAACCGGGCCGGAUGAUACUGGUGGGCUACCUGCCCGACCAGAGCACCGAGGAGGAGGACCUGUUCGCCGUCUUCACCGACCACAAGGAGACGCGCGAAGCCCGCGAGCUGAUCCGCCGGCUGGAGCUGGUGGAGCGGCUCUCGGCGGCGGCCGCCAUGCGCAAGAAGGCCCGCCGCUGGCAGACGCGCGGCAGCGAGCAGGACGUGGAAAACUUCAUCCCGCUCAAGCGCACGAACGUGGUGAACGUGGAGUCGCAGAGCAUCUUUCCGGCGCAGCGCGCCAGCUCGUACCGGUUUCAGCUGCGCCUGGUGGCGGACGCCCGCGACGGCUACGUGGAGCUGGUCCCGAAGACCGCCUUCCACAACAUUGUGCGCAAAUCGAUCGACUUCGGGGUGCAGCUGCGGCCGGAGAAGGUGCACAAGUUCCAGCAGACCGAUCCCACCUUUCCGACCAACGCCUGGUCGCAGUAUCUGUACGAGAUUGGGAGCGAACCGCAGCUGGCGUCGGUGGGCACCGGCGCACCGGCGAGCGCUUCCGCCACCAGCCCGCCGGCCGCCGUGUGCCCCAGCAGCCACGUCGAGCAGCUGCUGCAGACGCUGGAGUUUAACCAGAUCGACAUGUACCGGAACGACUAUCCCAUCAUCUCGCGCCACCGGUCCAUCGCCAAGUACGAGACGCCCGCGGUCGAGGAAACGAUGUGCUUCAUGGACCGGUCGACCUGCGCCAACCGGCACGUGUCCGCGAUCGAGUGGCAUCCGCAGCUGGCGGGCACGUUCGUCGCCGCCUACGUCCAUCACAUCCCGAGCGUGCAGAUGGCGGUGCCGGGAGCGGCCAGUUCGCCCGUGCUGGAGGGAGUCGUCGGCAAGCGCACCGUACCGACGGGUGCGACGGUCGGACCGGCGGGCCGCGAGGACGCCGUCAACCGGCUCGUCUUCGAGAAGUGUCCCGUGCUGGGGUGGAGCUUCGAGGAAUCGCUCGUGCCGCGGCUGUGGUUCGAUUCGCCCCGCGAAGUGACGGCACUGUCUUUCUGUCCGUACGACGGCCGCCUGCUGGUGGGCGGCCUGUCCAGCGGCCAGCUCGCGAUCUGGGAGCUGACGGACGCCCAGCUGGAACACAUCGGGCCGCGAACGAGUGGCCGCGAGCCCGCGAGACACCACGGACAGCAUCCAACGCCGGAGCAGUACCGCAGCGAGAUCAAGUCGCUGCUCGGCAACGCCAACAGCACCAGCCGCCUGCUGGCCCGCGGCCCGGCGGCCAGCCCGAGCGGCCCGGCGGGCAUCGUGCACGGCGCGGAAGCGCCGGAAACGCCGUGGCACGUGCGCCCGGCCGUCAUCAGUGCCCUCGAGCGGUCGGCACGCAAACCGAUCACCGUGAUCCGCUGGCUGCCACAGAACUACCACUGCGCCCCGACCGGGCAGCUGCGCGCCAACGGUGCCGAGGACGGUGCGGGGCGAUUCCUGCUGACGGGCGCCCUGGACGGUACCGUGUCGCUGUGGAAUCUGGACCUGCCCGUCCCGGCGGCACUGUCGGCACACGCGCACGACAAGGAGAAGGGCGUCGGCGAGGCGGAGAGUGUUGGCGCUGUGCCCGCCGGCCUCACCGGCACAGCCAUCAACAGCACCGCCCCCGCCACCGCCACCAUCGCCGGUGAGCCAACGACGCGUGGGCUGGCUCGGCUCAACCACGUGUUCCAUCCGACCUAUCGGGUGCGGUGCGAGCUGCCACUGGUGGCGCUCGCGCUCGACGAGCAGCCGAUAUCGCUCCGGGCGGGUGGCGGGGUCGGCGGCUUCCAGCUGCCACCGGUCAUCUGCCACCAGGCGUUCAUUGCCGGCACCCUGCUCGGUGGGCUGUUCUGGGGCAAGUGGGACGGGUACGAGUUCGAUCAGGGUGCGAUCGUGAACGAGGAGCCGGUGCGCGACCAGGACACCUUCGCCGCGGUACACGACGGGCCGCUGGUGGCAAUCGUGCGCAACCCGUUCGUGCCGGACGUGCUGCUGACCGCGGGCGGUACCGUGCUCGCCCUCUGGACGGCCGAUUGCCGCCAGUCGCCCAUCUUCUGGCGCCCGAAACCGGCGCCCGUGACUGCCUGCGUCUGGAGUCUCGACCGGCCGUCCGUGUUCUAUGUCGGGCUGGCGAACGGCGAUCUGGAGAUUUGGGAUCUGCAAAUACACACGUCCACCGCCUGCGUCACACUCAACCUCGGCGCGAACGUGCUGUCGAUCGUCACGCAGCAGCAGCAUCGCCGCAUCCCACAGCGCCACCUGGCGGUGGCCGAUGGCAGCUGCAAUGUGCGGCUGCUCAGCAUCCCGGCCGCGUUCGCCGAACCGCGACCGGGCGAGCGGAAGCGCUUCCGGCAGCUGAUACGGGCGGAGCUGGCCCGCAAGCACGACCAGGACGCGUGGGUCCAGCGGUACUACGAGCAGAACCGGGAGCAGAUCGAGGCGAAGCUGCAGGCCGAACGGGAGGCCCGCGAGCUUGCCGAGCGGCUCGAGGUGGAGAAGCAGGAGCACGACGACUUCCUGCGCCGGCAGGCCAUCGAGGAGGCGAAGAAGAAGGCGAUACGGGACGCGGAAAAGCGGGUGGACCUGAGCCGCCGGCUGGAGGGCCGCUGGCGGUCGCGCUACUACCGGGCCCUCAUCCGCACCAUGAUGGCCCGGCGGCACCUCAGCCCGGAGCUGCUCGCCAAGCAGAUGCACCCGGAGCGGGAGCGCCGCCGGUACGACGUGCGCAAGCGGGCAACGAUCGGCGAGAGUGUGGCCGCUGCCCCGGAAGAUUAUCGGCGCGUGCAGCAGUCGCUCGAGAGGGGCGGUAAAACGCACCCGCCGGGAGCGGCACUGACGCUGGCCGAGGAGGGUGCCCAGUUGCGGGAAACGGUCCGGGCCCGGUUUCGCGAGGAGCUGAGCGACUACCCGCGCGUCAGCUGGGAGGCGCAGGAGGUGCUGCGCAACUUCUGGCUGCCGGCCGAGCUGGACAGCGUGGUGAGCAUUGUGGCGAAGGGACGGGCCCGCCGCGAGCUGGUGCUGUCGGACGACCGCGGCAACCUGGAGCAUCUGGCGGCGUACCUGGCGAAGCAGACGGCCCGCGGCUCGGCAGCCGGCUGCGGGGACGGGCCGGCCAACGGGGACGAGACGGCGAGCACCGUUACGAAUGGCAGCCCGGAGGGCCGUCGGACGGUCGGGUUGCAGCGCGCCCGCUCGGUCACGUUUAUGGACGACGUGCCCAAGCCCAGCCCGGACUUGCCGGGCUAGGCACAAGGGUGCUGGCGUGCAACGGUACUCGAACCGGCCAGAGUCCCGUUAAGAGCGAUUGCUUUUCGGGGCGGGGAGGCGUCCGUGACAUUACAAACCGAAAGGCAGCCGAAGUUCGAACUAUUGUUCUGGUUUUUCGGUCUAGCGGUACUUGUCGCGCCAUACCAGGUGACGUCAGCGACCAAUCUCGAACACAAUGUUGAGCAGAAGUUGCAGUCUAAAGGUUUCACGGACCAGGAGGUGAUGCAGCGAUGCCGAAGAGCUGAUGGAAUUCCAACGCCGGACGGACUGGGAAAUACAUUCUAGCCAAUUUCUAGUUAAUGCAAAACGAAUACAAACAUAGUUACCAAUCCCCGAA